UGUGACCCAGACAGUUGUGUCACAAUUGCAGUGUGGGCAGCACCGGCUGGGGCACAUGCAUUUCAGAGUUAGAUUUUUAUGGAAAAGAGUGCAAGACCAAACUGGACGGGGAUAUCGUAGAGGAGACAGCACUGGACACUGGAGAGACUAACAGUCAGCGGGACGUGCAGUGGGGUAAAUUUGUAUAUUCUGAACUUUAAAAUAUAAAGUGAACAUUCAAUAGAACUAUAUUAAGGGCUUUUGAGCAAUUUAGGUAUUAAGGGAUUAAUGGAAUUAGAUCUAGGUGCUUAUAUGCUUAAUACUUUCCUUCCUUUUUGUUUUGUCCUUCCUUGGGAGGUAUGAAAAUGAGGGGUAGAUGGUUAGACUUGUUCAUCAUGUUCCUUGCGUCUUUGGCACUCUGGGGCCCGACGUGGACUCAAGCAUGCCAAGGAGAGGGCGUGCCCCAGAGCGAGGUUCUGGACUGGUUCAAGCGCCGAGUGCUGGAGGGACUGGGCCUGAAGCAAGCACCUGUUCCUUUGGUUCAGCAGCCACUGGCCAGCGGGUGGGCAUCCCGAGUGGGGAGAGCAGCCCAGGUUGAGCGGAGAAGGUCCCAUCAGGAGACGUCACAAGUCAUCCUCUUCCCCAGCUCAGAUUCCACCUGCGCUCAUGACGAAGAUCUUCCCCUACAAGAAGCCUUUAGUCAUUUCACCUACUACUUCCAGCCCUCUGGUCACAGCCAAGAGACAGUGAUCACAUCUGCCCACUUCUGGUUCUACGCUGGUGAUGGAGCUUUGAGGAGCAACACUUCAGCACCCCUCUACAUCCUCACUGCCAAUCAGGAGCUCAUCCACGUCGCCGAGGGACCCACAAAGCUGGGGGAUGACGGCUGGGUCACCUACCACGUAGAGCGCCACAUCAGUCCCGCCAUGACCGAAGGCCCCUUUGUCAUCCAGGUGCGCUGUCCGUCUUGCGGCUGCUAUGCGGAUGCCAGCAAGACCCCCUUCCUACAUCUACACACCCGCUCCAGGGGUAGCGACCGCUCUCGACGGGCCUUGAUUCCUUGGUCACCGUCCUCCAUCGAGCUGCUCCAGAGACCCCCAGAGGAGAGACCGGACUAUAAUGACUGCCACCGCGAGGAACUCAACAUCUCCUUCGCUGACCUGGGGUGGGAGAACUGGAUCGUGCACCCCCAGGUCUUCACCUUCUACUAUUGCCAUGGCAACUGCUCCAGCUGGAACCGCAUGACCACCCUGCUGGGGAUUAAACAGUGCUGCGCCCCCCUUCCCGGCACCAUGAAGUCUCUCCGCUUCCGGACCACCUCCGACGGGGGCUACUCUUUCAAAUAUGAAACGCUGCCAAACAUUAUUGCCGAAGACUGCACUUGCAUUUAGCUUAUAGCUUGACGCCAUUGUGGCUAGAAAGGUCAAAUGCUGAUCUGAACAAAAUCUCAAUGUAGUAGCAGCCAAUUGUUUUUAAUGUUUUUUUUAUUGCACUCAAGCAAAGUAGAUUUUACUUACAGAAGAAUUUUGUCACUUGAAUUAAUAGAACUAUUCAUAGGUACGAAUAACUCAUCAGUUGCCGUCUUUUGUGCAAUUUUGAACUAUGAUAGCUUUACCUAAAAUCCCGGUUUUCUCCAUAAAAUCACUACACGUGGAUGAAAGAAGUCAUUAAUAAAGUGUAAAAGUACCUUAA